AUGGCGCUCCGUCGACCACAUCGCAAAUCCCGCCACGGCUGUCUGGAAUGCAAGCGCCGACGAGUCAAGUGCGAUGAAGCCAGACCAACCUGCUCCAAUUGCGCCAAGCGUCAUUCGGAAUGCGAAUAUGGCUCGUCCAGCUCUUUACUCUGGGCAAAUGAAGAACCAGCCGUGGGUCGACAAUCAUCUCGAGCGUCAGGCUCGGACAGCGGCCAUCCAAGCGACUCAAUUCUAAGUAGCCCGCCUGCCGACUCACUCGGCAUUCUGGGUCGGCUUAGCGGCGACGGGUUACCCGCGGCUACGCCCACGUCGGCUCUGAAUCUGCAUGAUUUGGAACUCAUGAUGCAUUGGUGUAAUGACACCUACCACACGCUCUCCCGAAAUGAACGCACAGAUCUAGUCUGGCGCAAUGCCGUGCCUGAAGAGGCACUCGCACACCCGUUCCUGAUGCACGGUAUUCUGGCGCUUUCCGCGCUCCAUCUCGCCCGAACGGGUCCCGAGACUUCGAGGCGCGCGGCGUAUCUCAAUCGUGCCGUCACGCACCAGAAUCAGGCUCUCGCCCUGUUCCGCGAGUUACUCGGCGACAUCAACGAGUCCAAUGCCAAGGCCAUGUUCGCUUUCGCCGGUAUCGUCGUGGUGUAUACCUUUGGUUUCCCGCACACACCCGACGUGCAGGACCCCUGGACCUGCGUCGAUGAUUUGUACCAGGUCCUCGUGUUAACCCGUGGCGUGCAGCAGGUUAUCCGCUCGCCGGCGGAUUAUCUCAGUCAUAGUAACUUCGCGCCUAUCUUGCAAGUAGAGGAAGUGCACGCGAGACUUCCCGAAGACGCCACCGCGACGAUCAACAAUCUGCACGAGGCGAAUGAAGUCUGUGGGGCACGUGAUCAAUCCCACGAGACGGAGGUAUACACGGCCACCAUUGAUAAUAUAGCCGAGAUGCUGAGCUGGGUGUAUGGCGGGAUGACCUCCAGCGUAAUUGCCGGUCGGUGGGCUAUCAAAUUGCCUCCGCGGUUUUUGGAGUUGUUGCGUGAGCGUGAGCCUAUGGCACUGGUCAUGUUGGCUCAUUUCGGCGUGCUGCUGCAGUAUCUUAAGCAUCGCUGGUGCUUUGAUGAGUGGUGCGUGCGCGUUGCGAAGGCUGUGUGGAUGCUUCUGGAUGAUCAGUGGAGACCGCUUGUUCACUGGGCGAUGAUUGGUAUUCUGGGUGAGAAUUACCUGGAGAAGAUGGAUACUCUGUGA